UGAAAUCCUACUUAAAAAAUGGUAAAAACAAGAAGAGGUAAAAAGAGAGAAAUCAAGGCUGUUGCAAAGAAGAAAGGGCAAGAUUCUUCUGACUCCGAAGAAGAAAAAAUAGAUACUAGCGUUCAAAAUAGAGGGAAAAAGAAGGCUGACAACACAAAGAAAACUAAAGCAAGUGCCAAGUCUAAACCAAAGGCUAAAGGAUCCACUAAGAAUAAGAAACAGAAGAAGGCCAAGAGGAAGAAAUCUGAGGACUCAGGCCAAGAAUCUGAUGCUAGUGGAUCCGAUAAGAGCAAAUCUUCGAAAAAGUCCGCGAAAGAGGAAGAGAAAAUUAAAGAGGUUACCUCUAGUAUUUCUCAUGGAGUUAUGGUCGACCAUAAGGUCCCAGGAGCAAGUGGAUAUGAAGUGAUCAAGCAUGGCAGCCAGGUACUGAGUGCACAUCUGAUGUGAGCUGACUUGGAGAAGAACAACAAUAAGUUCUAUAUUGCCCAAGGCUUGAAAUAAAUCAAGUGGGUGAUAUCUAUGGACACGCUGGGGAAGGGUUGGAAUUGAUGGCAAGACUAAAAUGAUUAAUGCAUCUACUGAACAAUUUUGAGCAAAUUUGUUCAACAAGAAGGUGAAUGAUAAGAAGAAUCAUAGAUAUAAAGAAGUUGAACUUGCUGUUGAGCCAGAUAAGAAGAGCAAACAAAAUAGUAAAGCUAAAAUUAAGAAAAAGAAGACUAUAAGAAAAGAGAAAUCUGGAUUACCUCCUAAAGUACAGAAUUUGAUUAGAUUCAUCUUUAACAUGAAUCUGAUAGAGAAAUCUGUUGUAAAGGUAGGAUACAAUGUAAAGAAGAUGCCUUUGGGAAAUCUCUCUAAGCAGACUAUCUCCGAUGGCUACACCAUUCUAAAGAGCAUUGAGAAGGAAUUAGCUAAGAAAAAGCCUAUUAAUAGUACACUUAGUACUCUAAGUGGAGACUUCUACACUACAAUUCCUCAUGAUAUUGGAUAUAAGAAGCUAAAAGAUUUCAUCAUCAAUACUCCUAAAAUUCUGAAGGAGAAGUUAGAUCUAGUGGACUCCUUAAGAGAUAUCAGGAUCGCAGCUGAAAUCGUCAACCAAGUUGACGAUGGCGAUGAUGAUGCAAAUGAGCUAGAUGCUCAAUAUAAAAAGAUGAAUUGUGAAAUAGUACCAAUGGAUGAUUCUUUUCCAGAGUACAAAACCUUGCUUAAGGCGCUGGAAACUACUCAUGGGAAGACCCAUCAUUUCAAGCUGACACCAAUAGAUGUGUUCAAGAUUGAGAGAGAAGGAGAGCAGAAGAAAUUUGAUGGCAAGGUAGGAAAUAAGAUGCUCCUCUGGCAUGGAUCAAGAUUUUCUAAUUUUGGAGGGAUUCUAAGCCAAGGGCUUAGAAUAGCUCCUCCAGAAGCGCCUGUUUCUGGGUACAUGUUUGGGAAAGGAGUCUACUUUGCAGAUAUCGUAUCAAAAUCUGCUGGAUAUUGCUGCUCUCACUUAUCUAACAAGGAAGGGCUGCUCCUCCUUUGAGAAGUAGCCAUUGGGGAGACAAAUGAUUUGACUAAUGCUAAAUAUGAUGCUAACAAGUUGCCUAGAGGCAAACAUUCAACUCUAGGAAUGGGAAAAUGGAUUCCUGAUCAUAGUGAAGACAUUGAUGAUGCUAAGAUAUUCAUGGGACCAAUUCAAGAAGAGAGUAAAACAAAGAAUAGAUGCUUAAGAUACAACGAAUACAUAACUUACGAUAUUGAUCGGAUUGUCAUGAAAUAUCUUUUUAGGUGUAAAUUCUCUUAAAGAUGCCUUUCAAUCGUUUA